AUGCGUCCCGAGAUUGAGCAGGAGCUCGCUCACACCUUGCUGGUGGAGCUGCUCGCCUACCAAUUCGCCUCCCCGGUCAGAUGGAUUGAGACCCAAGAUGUUAUCCUCGCCGAACAGCGCACCGAGCGCAUUGUCGAGAUCGGUCCCGCAGAUACUCUGGGAGGAAUGGCCCGUCGGACGCUAGCCUCCAAGUACGAGGCAUACGAUGCCGCCACAUCCGUGCAGCGUCAAAUCCUUUGCUACAACAAGGAUGCCAAGGAAAUCUACUACGAUGUCGAUCCCAUUGAGGAGGAGCCCAUCGCCGAGCCCGCUGCUGCGGCUCCUGCUGCUGCUGCUCCGGCCGGUGCGGCACCUGCUGCCGCCCCCCCGCCUCCCAGUGCUGGCCCAGCUGCGGCCGUAGAUGAUGUCCCAGUAUCUGCAGUCGAUAUUCUGCGGUCUCUGGUUGCGCAGAAGCUAAAGAAGAGUCUGGCCGACGUGCCAUUGUCAAAAGCCAUUAAGGAUCUUGUUGGAGGUAAAUCCACAUUACAAAACGAAAUUUUGGGAGACCUGGGCAAGGAAUUCGGGUCGACACCGGAGAAGCCAGAAGACACCCCUCUGGAUGAGUUGGGUGCGGCGAUGCAGGCCACUUUCAACGGCCAAUUGGGCAAGCAAUCGUCUUCCCUCAUUGCACGAAUGGUCUCCUCCAAGAUGCCUGGUGGUUUCAACAUUACGGCAGUUCGGAAAUACUUGGAGACUCGGUGGGGUCUGGGCGCGGGCCGCCAGGACGGUGUGCUGUUGCUGGCCAUUACCAUGGAGCCCGCCUCUCGUCUGGGCUCGGAGACUGAUGCCAAGGCAUUCUUGGACGAUGUUACCAACAAGUACGCCGCCAGCGCCGGUAUUAACCUGUCGGCCCCCGCAGCCGGCGCCGACGCUGGUGCCGGUGGCGGUGGCAUGAUGAUGGACCCCGCGGCCAUUGAUGCUCUGACCAAGGACCAGCGAGCUCUGUUCAAGCAGCAAUUGGAGGUCAUUGCCCGCUAUUUAAAGAUGGAUCUCCGUGCCGGUGACAAGGCCUUUGUUACGUCUCAAGAGACCCAGAAGGCGUUGCAGGCACAGAUUGAUCUGUGGCAGGCCGAGCAUGGCGACUUCUACGCCUCGGGUAUCGAGCCCUCCUUCGAUCCGCUCAAGGCCCGUGUGUAUGACUCCUCGUGGAACUGGGCCCGCCAGGAUGCCCUCAGCAUGUACUACGACAUUAUCUUUGGCCGUCUCCAGGUUGUUGACCGUGAGAUUGUGAGCCAGUGUAUUCGCAUUAUGAACCGCUCCAACCCUCUUCUUCUCGAAUUCAUGCAGUACCACAUCGACAACUGCCCUACUGAGCGUGGCGAGACCUACCAGCUGGCCAAAGAGCUAGGCCAGCAGCUCAUUGAAAACUGCCGGGAGGUGAUGGGUGUCGCCCCCGUCUACAAGGAUGUCGCCGUUCCUACGGGGCCUCAGACUACCCUUGACGAGCGAGGCAACAUCAGCUUCAAGGAGGUUCCCCGUGCCAGUGCCCGUAAGCUGGAGCACUACGUCAAGCAGAUGGCUGAGGGUGGUCCCAUCUCCGAGUACAGCAACCGCAACAAGGUGCAGAAUGACCUCAAGAACGUCUACAAGCUCAUCCGCAAGCAGCAUCGUCUCUCGAAGGCAUCACAGAUCCAGUUUGACGCUCUCUACAAGGAUGUUUUGCACGCUCUUAGUAUGAACGAGAACCAGAUCAUGCCUCAGGAGAACGGUAGCGCCAAGAAAUCUGGCCGCAAUGGUCUCAAACGCACCACCAACCGCCCCGGUAAGGUGGAAACCAUUCCCUUCCUGCACCUGAAGAAGAAGUCCGAGCACGGCUGGGACUACAACAAGAAGCUCACCGGCACCUACCUGAAGGUCUUGGAGUCGGCUGCUCAGAAUGGUCUUUCCUUCCAGGGCAAGAAUGUUCUGAUGACUGGUGCCGGUGCCGGUUCCAUUGGUGCCGAAGUCCUUCAGGGUCUGAUCAGCGGUGGUGCCAAGGUGGUUGUGACCACCAGCCGCUUCUCUCGCGAGGUGACUGAGUACUACCAGGCUAUGUAUGCUCGCUACGGCGCUCGUGGCUCCCAGCUUGUUGUCGUGCCAUUCAACCAAGGUAGCAAGCAGGAUGUGGAGGCUCUGAUCGACUAUGUCUACGACACCAAGAAGGGUCUUGGAUGGGACCUGGACUUCGUCGUUCCGUUUGCCGCCAUUCCAGAAAACGGCCGCGAGAUCGACAACAUUGACUCCAAGUCGGAGCUGGCUCACCGCAUCAUGUUGACCAAUUUGCUCCGCCUCCUUGGCGCUAUCAAAACCCAAAAGCAGACCCAUGGCUUCGAGACUCGUCCCGCCCAAGUCGUCCUGCCCUUGUCGCCUAACCACGGUACCUUCGGCAAUGACGGUCUCUACUCUGAGUCCAAGCUGGCUUUGGAGACUCUUUUCAACCGCUGGUACUCGGAGAACUGGAGCAACUACCUCACCAUCUGCGGUGCAGUUAUCGGCUGGACUCGUGGCACCGGUCUGAUGAGCGGCAACAAUAUGGUCGCCGAAGGUGUCGAGAAACUUGGUGUCCGCACUUUCUCGCAGCAGGAAAUGGCUUUCAACCUUCUCGGUCUGAUGUCCCCGGCUAUUGUCGACCUCUGCCAGCUUGACCCCGUCUUCGCGGACCUCAAUGGUGGCCUCCAGUUCAUUCCCGAUCUCAAGGGCUUGAUGACGAAGCUCCGUACCGACAUCAUGGCGGAUAGUGAUAUUCGCCAGGCUGUCAUCAAGGAGACUGCCAUCGAGAACAAGAUUGUCAACGGCGAGGACAGCAGCGCUUUGUACAAGAGGGUUGUUGCGGAGCCUCGUGCCAACAUCAAGUUCGAAUUCCCCACGCUUCCUGAUUGGGAGAAGGAGGUCAAGCCCAUCAACGAGUCUCUCAAGGGUAUGGUCAACCUGGACAAGGUGGUUGUUGUCACCGGUUUCUCCGAGGUUGGACCUUGGGGUAACUCUCGCACUCGUUGGCAGAUGGAGGCUUAUGGCAAGUUCUCUCUCGAGGGCUGCGUCGAAAUGGCUUGGAUCAUGGGUCUGAUCAAGCAUCAUAACGGCCCCCUCAAGGGCAAGGCCUACUCCGGCUGGGUUGAUGCCAAGUCCGGCGAUCCUGUCGACGACAAGGACGUGAAGUCCAAGUACGAGAAGUUCAUCCUGGAGCACAGUGGUAUCCGUCUUAUCGAACCCGAGCUGUUCAAGGGUUACGACCCCAAGCAGAAGCAGCUGCUUCAGGAAAUCGUCAUCCAGGAGGACCUGGAGCCCUUCGAGGCCUCCAAGGAGACCGCCGAGGAGUUCAAGCGCGAGCACGGCGACAAGGUCGAGAUCUUCGAGAUCCCAGAGUCUGGCGAGUACACCGUUCGUCUUCGCAAGGGCGCCAAUCUGCUCAUUCCCAAGGCGCUGCAGUUCGACCGUCUUGUAGCCGGUCAGAUCCCCACCGGCUGGGAUGCUCGCAGAUAUGGUAUCCCCGAGGACAUCAUUGAACAGGUGGAUCCUGUCACUCUGUUCGUUCUUGUCUGUACCUCGGAAUCCAUGCUUUCUGCCGGUAUCACCGACCCGUACGAGUUCUACAAAUACGUCCACCUCUCCGAGGUUGGCAACUGCAUUGGUUCCGGUAUCGGUGGUACCCACGCCCUGCGUGGCUUGUACAAGGACCGCUACCUAGACAAGCCGGUGCAGAAGGACAUUCUGCAGGAGUCCUUCAUCAACACUAUGAGUGCCUGGGUCAACAUGUUGCUCUUGUCUUCUACCGGUCCCAUCAAGACUCCUGUCGGUGCCUGUGCCACUGCCGUCGAGUCUGUUGACAUCGGUUACGAGACGAUUGUCGAGGGCAAGGCUCGCGUCUGCUUCGUCGGUGGCUUUGAUGACUUCCAGGAGGAGGGCUCGUACGAGUUCGCCAACAUGAAGGCCACCAGUAACGCCGAGGACGAAUUCGCCCACGGCCGCACCCCGCAGGAGAUGUCCCGUCCGACUACCACCACCCGUGCUGGCUUCAUGGAGUCACAGGGUUGCGGUAUACAGCUCAUCAUGAGUGCGCAGCUCGCCCUUGACAUGGGUGUGCCUAUCCACGGUAUCAUUGCCCUGACGACCACCGCUACUGACAAGAUUGGCCGGUCCGUCCCUGCCCCCGGUCAGGGUGUCCUCACUACUGCCCGUGAGAACCCUGGCAAGUUCCCCUCGCCUCUGCUGGACAUCAAGUACCGUCGGCGCCAGCUUGACCUGCGCAAGAAGCAGAUCAAGGAAUGGCAGGAGUCCGAACUGCUUUAUCUGCAGGAGGAGGUUGAUGCUAUGAAGGCCCAGAGCGACGAGAGCUUCAAUGUCUCCGAGUAUAUGCACGAGCGGGCUCAGCACAUUGAGCGCGAGGCCGUUCGCCAGGAGAAGGAUGCGCAGUUCAGCCUGGGCAACAACUUCUGGAAGCAGGAUUCGCGUAUCGCUCCCCUGCGCGGUGCCAUGGCCACCUGGGGUCUCACCGUCGAUGACAUUGGCGUCGCCUCCUUCCAUGGUACCUCGACCGUUGCCAACGACAAGAACGAGUCGGAUGUCAUCUGCCAGCAGCUCAAACACUUGGGCCGCAAGAAGGGUAACGCCGUUAUGGGUAUCUUCCAGAAGUACCUCACUGGUCACCCCAAGGGUGCCGCCGGUGCCUGGAUGUUCAACGGCGCUCUGCAGGUUAUGGAGAGCGGCCUCGUCCCUGGUAACCGCAACGCGGACAAUGUCGACAAAGUGAUGGAGAAGUUCGACUACAUCGUCUACCCCAGUCGCAGCAUUCAGACCGACGGUGUCAAGGCGUUCUCCGUUACCUCCUUCGGUUUCGGCCAGAAGGGUGCUCAGGUCAUUGGUAUCCACCCCAAGUACCUGUUCGCCACUCUUGACCAGGCCCAGUACGAGGCCUACAAGACGAAGGUGGAGGCUCGCCAGAAGAAGGCCUACCGUUACUUCCACAACGGCCUGAUCAACAACAGCAUCUUCGUUGCUAAGAGCAAGGCUCCUUACGAGGACGACCAGCAGAGCAAGGUCUUCUUGAACCCCGACUACCGCGUGAGCGUCGACAAGAAGACCUCUGAGCUGAAGUUCUCUUCUACCCCUCCCAAGGCUGACAGUGCGGAGAGCACCCGGCAGAUGGUCGAGUCUCUGGCCAAGGCCAAUGCCACGGAGAACUCUAAGGUUGGUGUCGACGUUGAGAACAUCGACGCGAUCAACAUCUCCAACGAGACUUUCGUUGAGCGCAACUUCACUGCUAGCGAGCAGGAGUACUGCCGCAAGGCCGCCUCGCCUCAGUCCUCGUUCGCAGGCCGAUGGAGCGCGAAGGAAGCCGUGUUCAAGUCGCUGGGUGUUAGCAGCAAGGGUGCCGGCGCUGCUUUGAAGGAGAUUGAGAUCGGAAGUGAUGCCAAUGGCGCUCCGGUGGUGACUCUUCACGGUGCCGCUGCCGCUGCCGCUCAACAAGCCGGCGUCAAGUCGAUCAACGUCAGCAUCAGCCACAGUGACUCACAGGCCGUGGCCGUCGCGGUCUCGCAGCUCUGAGGUCGCCAUACAUUCUUGAUCUUGGGUUGUUUACAUAGACGCUGAUGAGAAUCGCCGUUGACGCUUUUUCUCUUGGCUUUUUUU